AUGGCUAAUUAAAUGGUCAUUAAUAACCUAAGUGGACAAAGAGUGCAAACUGAACAAAGCAGAAGAAUUAAAACAAUUCGAAGUCAGAAGUUUAAGCUAUAGUACAAAUCUGAGAACAGAGAAACAAUUAAAUUCAGUAAUUACUUUAAAUUGUCGUCAUCUGAUUCAAGAAAAUAGUCUAAUUAUAAUUCUCAUGUUAAUACAUCAACUUCAGAUAAUGAGGAAAAAGCCUUGAUGAUUCAAAAAAUCAUAUUUUCCAUAAAGUCACCACUUUAAAGUCUAAGGUAUCAAGGCUCAAUUCUUGAUAAAAGACAUUAAAAUAUAGAUUUAAAUAGGAGGAAAACUCUUAGAAACUCAUUAUUAACGAAUUCAUACAAGAAUCAAAAUUUUUUAAUGACUGGCAAUGACUGUGGAUGGUCAAGAAAAUCUUCAGAAAGUCUUAUCUUUGUAUGA